CUCGGUGAGUAUAAAAAGUCUGUGUAGACCUUCGUAGCCACCGUCGAGUCAAACCACGAUGAGGCUUCUGGUUCUGUGCGCUCUGGUGGCCGCGGCCGCCGCCUGGCCCAACUUCGGCAUGAUGGCGGACUCCCCUGGGGGAGCUUCUAACGCCCAGAAGCAGCAUGAUGUCAACAGCAUCCUGUGGAAGGUGUACGAGGAAAUCCGCGACCCCCACCUGAAGGAGCUCUCCACGAGCUUCGACCCGCUCUCCGGCCAAUAUGACGACGACGGUGUCGCCAUUAAGCGACUCCUGCAGGAGCUCAACGACCAUCGCCUGCUGGAGCAAAAGAACUGGUUCUCGCUCUUCAACACCCGCCAGCGCGAGGAAGCCCUCAUGCUCUACGAUGUCCUCGAACACUCCACUGACUGGGCGACCUUCGCCGGUAACGCCGCUUACUUCCGCACCCGCGUGAACGAGGGCGAGUUUGUGUAUGCCAUGUACGCUGCCGUCACCCAUUCCGAGCUGACUCACGACGUGGUGCUGCCGCCCCUCUAUGAGGUCACUCCUCACCUCUUCACCAACAGCGAGGUCAUCCAGGAAGCUUACACAGCAAAGAUGACCCAAACUCCCCGCAAGAUCAAGUCUCACUUCACCGGCAGCAAGAGCAACCCUGAGCAGCGCGUGGCCUACUUCGGCGAGGACAUCGGCAUGAACACCCACCACGUCACCUGGCACUUGGAGUUCCCCUUCUGGUGGGACGACUCCCACGAGAACCACCACAUCGAGCGCAAGGGCGAGAACUUCUUCUGGGUCCACCAUCAGCUGACUGUCCGCUUCGACGCUGAGCGCCUGUCCAACUACCUUGACCCCGUCGAGGAGCUGCACUGGGACGAUGUCAUCCGCGAGGGCUUCGCUCCCCACACCAUGUACAAGUACGGCGGGUACUUCCCCUCUCGCCCAGACAAUGUGAAAUUUGAGGACGUGGACGGCGUGGCCCGCGUGCGAGACAUGCUGAUCCUGGAGAGCCGCAUCAGGGACGCCAUUGCUCACGGCUAUGUCACCGGCAAAGACGGUUCCAUCAUCAGCAUCAAUGACGCUCAUGGCAUUGACGUGCUGGGAGACGUCAUUGAGUCGUCCCUGUACAGCCCUAACCCACAGUACUACGGCGCCCUGCACAACACUGCUCACGUAAUGCUCGGCCGCCAGGGUGAUCCUCACGGCAAGUUUGACCUUCCCCCUGGUGUCCUGGAGCACUUCGAGACCGCUACGCGCGACCCCACCUUCUUCCGCCUCCACAAGUACAUGGAUAACAUCUUCAGAGAGCACAAGGACAGCCUCACUCCCUACACGAAGCAGGAGCUCGAGUUCCCCGGCGUUGCUGUCGACAGCAUUGCCGUCAGCAACCGCCUGGAGACCCACUUCGAAGACUUCGAGUACAACCUCAUCAACGCCGUUGACGACACAACCGAAAUCAGUGAUGUGCCCAUUUCUACGGUAGUGUCCCGCCUCACCCACAAUGAUUUCUCCAUCGAAAUCGGUGCUACCAACAACAACGACAAAGAGGUAUCUGCCACAGUGCGCAUCUUCGCAUGGCCGAAGUAUGACAAUAAUGGCGUUCAGUUCUCCUUCAACGACGGCCGAUGGAACGCUAUUGAGAUCGACCGGUUCUGGACUAAGUUGGCACCUGGAGCCAACACCAUCUCCCGCUCCAGCAAGGACUCGGCGGUCACCGUUCCCGACGUGCCCAGCUUCCAGACUCUGGUUGAUAAGGCCGAGGAGGCUCUGAGCUCCGGCUCAGAACUUCACCUCGAGGAGUUCGCCAGCGGCCUCGGACUGCCCAACAGAUUCUUGAUCCCCAAAGGCAAGACCCAGGGUAUGGAAUUCCAUGUGGUGGUGUUCAUCUCAGACGGUGAGCAAGAUGCGGCUGUCGAGGGCCUGCACACGAGCACCACCUUCAACCACUACGGCGCAGCCGACGGCAAGUACCCCGACAACCGCCCCCACGGCUACCCCCUGGACCGCCGCGUUGACGACCAACGCAUCAUUACUAGUGUCUCUAACUUCAAGGCCGCCGACGUCAAGGUGUACCACGUAGAGGAGCACUAAGAUAACUGGAACUCUAACCUGUCCUCCAUUGGGGCAUUCAAUACCCGAGUACAAGCGGCACAGUACCAUCAUCCGCGACUGUAAAACAAAUUGAUCCAUACCUUUACUCAAGGAUGAUCAUUAUAUUAACAUCAGUUGGCUGCAGCAGAAUAUUACUUUAAAGUUCACCAUCAUGAUUAAUUAAAAGCUCACUGCAGCAGCUUACACUUAUAAAGUUACUAGCAGUUCAAACCUACAUCAAAAAUUGCCGUUUAAGACUCUAGGGAAUUAAUUGAUUCUAGAGAAAGCAUUCAUAUACAAACCAUUUAAAAACAUAAUAUAAUAAAGAAAGAAAAUAUGAAAUGCCACAUUCUAUGUCUGUCAUAACAAGCAGCUACUAUGUACUAGAAUGAUUCAAUUACACUCAAUAAAAUGUCUUUCGUACAUGAAUGAUGUGAACAAUGUCCAACAACACGUCAACACCAGAUUUUGGAAACUUAUGUAUAUAAAAUUCUAGCACUUGUUCUCAACACUGUAAAUCUUGAAUAUAUUGUGCUGUAUCCUCCAAAGUGUAAUUCAUUUAUUAGACAUUUCUGCCCUGA